ACACCUUAAGCUUGUAAUGAGACCAAAUGAGACUGUAGAGAAGGGCAACGGAAGCGUGGAGUGGUCCAGGCAGAGCAGUGGAGAGAGCUGGACAAGUCCCUUAACCUCCCUAAACCUCAGUUUAUCCAUCUGUAAAAUGGGCACAAUGAUGCUACCUCCCUUGGUGGUGGUUAUGAGGAUGAAAGGAGAUGAUCAUGUAAAGCACUUAGAUGUGAGGAUGGCACUAAAGUGCUCAAAUCUGUUUCCUGUGGUGGUGGUGAGACCAUGCGGGUGAUGGUAGGAGGCUGUGGUGGAGAUGAGAAGCAAAGUGGCAUGUGAGGCUCAAGGGGUGCUUCAUGGAAUAUUUGAAAUCUUUACAAGUUUUUAUUUUCUACCCUAUUGUCUCAGCAACCCCUGAUUACUACUGGCACCUACUUAUUAGGUACCAAGGACUAUGGACACACGCACUCUUCAGAGGUCCCCUUAUACUCCUUGAGGCCUUCCCAUGACAGCACAAGAUGCUUCAGGGCCCAAGGCAGCCCCAGCUGACAGUUCUGUAUCUGUCACAGGAACCCAGUCCAGGACCAUCAGGCACACGUCCAUGGAGAAGUGUGGCAAGACGAAAUGUCCCCAGAGGACAGGUGCAGAAGAAGCUGUGCUUUACCUUGCCUUGGAUAGAAAAGUGCGCUGCCAACCAACAUCCAUCCCAUCACCCACUAACACCCCCAGAACAAUUUUCAGGGUAAUCCUGGCUUCUGAGAACCUAAGGCAAGAAAUUCCCUAAUGCCACGCUGUGUAUGGAGAAGAAUCGACACCACUUUGCCAAUAGAGGUCCAUGUAGUCAAAGCUAUGAUGUGAGAGUUGGACUAUAAAGAAAGCUAAGCACCGAAGAAUUGGUGCUUUCAAACUGUGGUGUUGGAGAAGACGCUUGAGAGUCCCUUGGACUGCAAGGAGUUCCAACCAGUCCAUCCUAAAGGAAGUCAAUCCUGAAUGUUCGUUGGAAGGACUGAUGUUGAAGCUGAAACUCCAAUUCUUUGGCCACCUGAUGUGAAAAGCUGACUCAUUUGAAAAGACCCUGAUGCUGGGACAGAUUUGAGGGCAGGAGAAGCAGGCAAGAGGAUGAGAUGGCUGGAUGGCAUCACCGACUCAACGGACUUGACCUUGAGCCAACUCCGGGAGAUAGUGAAGUCAGGGAAGCCUGGCCUGCUGCAGUCCCUGGGAUCCCAAAGAGUCAGGCAGGACUGAGCGACUGAACAGAUUCAUGAAGCACUCUGCUACCUCCCAGUGGCCACAGGUGGGUUUGCAAGACUAAGACAGGAAACCCUCUGCUACCUCCUAGUGGCUAUUAGGGGUUAAGCACCUACUGAGCCUGUGGCAGGGGCAGAACACAUCAGCUAGAAGAGCGCACUAGCCAAGAAAUGCAGGCAGCAUCUGGAAGCUGGAAAAAGCAAUGAAAACAGACUCUCUGCCUAGAGUUUCCAGAAGGAACAUAGCCCGGAAAACACCUUGAUUUUAGCCCAGGGAGAUCCAUCUCAGCCUUGAUAUCCAGAGUUAUAAGCCUGGAAAUCACUCAAGCCUAAGUUUCAGUUCAGUUUAGUUGCUCAGUCGUGUCUGGCUCUUUGCGACCCCAUGGACUGGUCACAUUGAUCACAGCCUUGUCUAACUCAAAGAAACUAUGAGCCAUGCAGUGUAGGGCCAUCCAAGAUGGAAGGGUCAUGGAGGAGAGUUCUAACAAAACUUGGUCCACUGGAGAAGGAAACGGCAAACCGCUUAAGUACUCUUAAGAAUGCCAUCAACAGUAGGAAAAGCCAAAAGGAUAUGACACUGAAAGCCUAAGAUAGAGAAGGGCUUAUCUCAGAGAGAUCUGUGGGUGUGACUUGUCUCAUGGAGUGAAUCCCAGUAAGUUCACAGAAGACCCUACAAAUUUAGAAUUAUAUUGGAAAAACACUUACUAGCGUUGAUUAACAGGGACAGAGACAAAAUGAAAACAGGUUCAGGACCCCCAAACUCAUUUCUGCUGCCCACGUAAUACAUUCUUAUCUCCUUAACGUCAAAAAAUUUCUCUAAAACUAAAUUGAUCAUUAGAAAAUUGCUUGAUUAGUGAAGAUCAACAGGCUUGUGGGACAUUUUCAUCAAUUCUCUGAGGAAGCCCACUUUGAAAUAUCCCCUUUGGCAGCACAGAAGCCUGCAAGGGCGUAAUAUUCAGGAAACUCCUAUCUUCAUAAUUCUGAUCGAACUCUAUUAAAGUGUGCUCCUGCCCCUGAAAUUACUGAAAGACGUUCCCUCCUGCUGAAGGAUACUUUGAGUGCUCCAAGCCAACCUGUGACUGCCCUGUUCACACUGAGGGGGCCCUCACUUCCUUUAAUCCCCCAACCCCAAACUCUCUGUAGGGCUCACGAAGACCAGUGAGGGUGGCUGGGGUUGGGCCCCGAGCUGAAGGAUUAGCGAGAGGACCUCGCUGAGCCGCGGUCCUGGGCACGUCAAAUCAUUGAGGAGAAACGAGGCGUAUCAGCGCCUGCGCUAAAAGCACCGCUCCCGGAGCCUUAGCUGCCAAGUUGCUUCCUAGCCAAGACGCCCGAGUAUUCGAUUCGUGGAUGGACCUCUGCAAGGCAUGUACAAUAAAGCGUGACGGGAAACACCUUCUGGGAGCAGGAACUGCCGGAAGCCUGGCUAGGAAAUACGGUCCACGAAGGUGCGUGGGUCACAGCCUCACACCUAGAGAGAGAAAACCUGUUCGGCCAGGAACAGAGCGCAGCGAUUUCUGGGAGAUGGAGUCCCGCGGCGCAAGGAGGCAUGUGCGCAUGGCCAGAAGUGACGCUUUUAAGGCGCGUCCCCCUUUGGCUCAGAGGCGGGCCUGCGACCGCUGUUUCUGAGCUCCAAGCGGUAGCCGUAUCCUGGAACCUUUUCACGUAAACGGCUGCGAGCGGGCUUUUUCAAGCGGUGUUCCGCUAGAGACCGAGUCGGCGGUUGCGUCACGGGCUCCCCAGCCGACGCCCGGCUGUGGCUGUGGAGACAAUGAGAGACCCGGCCGGACAGCACGGACCCGGCUCAGCCCCGCAGACUCAGAUCCGGCCUUUGAGGCGAGAGGCCUGAGAGAAGAGCCCAGAGCGGGGCUGGGGCUGCAGUGAAGCGACUCCGACGCUCAGAGAACUGCUGGGAGGCGGUGGCGCGAGGCGGGACCCGGAUGCUGGAAGGAGAACCACCUUCUCCAGACCCUGCCCUUCCCCAGGAGGAAGACACAGAAGAGGAAGGAAUGGCAGCUGGUCUCACAGCAGGGCCCCAAGGAUCCACACCUUUCAGCAGUUUGACUGUAGAUUUUACCCAGGGGGGAUGGAGGCAGUUGGCCCCUGCUCCGAGGGACAGGUUCGAGGAAGGGAUGCCAGAAAAGUCCAGAAACCUGGUCUUACUGGGACUUCCAGUUUCCCAGCCUGGUAUGAACUUCCAGUUGGAACAAAGGGAAGGUUCAUGGAUGCUCAAGAGAGACGGCCUAAGGAAUGCCUGUCCAGAUUGGAAGAUUAUAUCUGAAUCACCACCUGAGCAAGACAUUUCUGAAGAAUCAUUCCAAGAUCCAAGUGUAGAGAUGCCUUCUGGGGAGUCAGAGCACAGGAACAGUGAACUGGGGAAGAGCCUCAAUCUGAGACCAUUCCUUUCUCCACAGCAGAGAGUUCCUACAGAAGUGAGAUCCCGUACAUGGGACACACACGCAGAGAGCUUUGGGAAGAACGCAGGUACAGUUAAAGCUCACAGAGUGAAGCCGUACACGUGUAACGAAUGUGGCAAGGCCUUCAGUUAUUGUUCUUCCCUUUCUCAGCAUCAGAAGAGCCACACUGGGGAGAAGCCAUACGAGUGCAAUGAAUGUGGGAAGGCCUUCAGCCAGAGCUCAUCUCUUAUUCAGCACCAGAGGAUUCACACUGGAGAGAAACCUUAUAAAUGCAGUGAAUGUGGGAGAGCCUUCAGCCAAAACGCAAACCUCACAAAACACCAGCGAACUCACACUGGAGAAAAACCCUACAAAUGUACCGAAUGUGAGAAAGCCUUCAGUGACUGUUCAGCCCUUGUUCAGCACCAGAGAAUCCACACUGGAGAGAAGCCUUAUGAGUGUAGUGACUGUGGGAAGGCGUUCCGCCACAGUGCAAAUCUUACCAACCACCAGCGGACUCACACAGGGGAGAAGCCCUACAAGUGCAGCAACUGUGAGAAGGCCUUCAGCUACUGUGCGGCAUUUAUUCAGCACCAGAGAAUCCAUACAGGGGAGAAACCCUACAAAUGUAACGCAUGUGGGAAGGCCUUCAGCCAGAGUGCAAACCUCACAAACCACCAGAGGAUUCACACUGGAGAGAAACCCUACAAGUGUAGUGAGUGCGGGAAAGCAUUCAGCCAAAGUACAAACCUUAUAAUCCACCAAAAGACCCACACUGGAGAGAAACCUUAUAAAUGUAAUGACUGCGGGAAAUUCUUCAGUGAAAGCUCCGCCCUUAUUCGGCAUCAUAUAAUUCACACAGGAGAAAAGCCCUAUGAGUGCAAUGAGUGUGGAAAGGCAUUUAACCAGAGCUCAUCCCUUAGUCAGCAUCAGCGAAUUCACACUGGUGUGAAACCCUAUGAAUGUAGAGAGUGUGGGAAGGCCUUCAGGUGUAGUUCAGCUUUCAUUAGACAUCAGAGACUCCAUGCUGGAGAGUAACUGGGAACAUAACUGAAGUGGAUGGGGACCUGACAGGUAAUUUGAACGCUUAGCCCAGAGCCACAUGCAAAAGCACCUUUUAAUAAAUAGUCACUAUUUUACACCUUA